AUGGUACUACUUAAAGAACCUGUUCAGCCGCUGCCUCGAUCAUCUCUGUUAUAUAAUAAUGCGAGCAAUAGUAGUAGUCGUAUAAAAGAGACAAGAAAAGUCAAACUAUUAUAUAAUCCCUUAACUAAGAGACAAAUCCUUAACAACUUUGAAAUUUUAGCCACUUUGGGUAAUGGACAGUACGGCAAAGUGAAAUUAGCAAGAGAUCUCGGGACAGGUGCGUUGGUUGCAAUAAAAAUUCUUAAUAGAUUCGAAAAAAGAAGCGGGUAUUCUCUUCAAUUGAAAGUAGAAAAUCCAAGGGUUAAUCAAGAAAUUGAAGUAAUGAAAAGAUGUCAUCAUGAAAACGUUGUGGAAUUGUAUGAAAUUUUGAAUGACCCUGAGAGCACAAAGGUUUAUCUUGUAUUAGAAUAUUGCUCAAGGGGACCCGUUAAAUGGUGUCCAGAAAACAAAAUGGAGAUAAAAGCAGUGGGACCAUCAAUACUCACUUUCCAACAGUCGAGGAAGGUAGUGUUGGAUGUAGUAUCGGGUCUGGAGUAUUUACAUUCCCAAGGGAUAACGCAUCGAGAUAUCAAACCAUCGAACCUGUUAAUUUCAUCAAACGGAACGGUGAAAAUAUCCGAUUUUGGCGUUGCUAUGUCAACUGCCACCGGAAGUACUAAUAUACAAUCAUCGCAUGAACAACUUUUAAAAUCUAGAGCCUUAGGGACCCCUGCUUUUUUUGCACCUGAGCUUUGCUCCACUGAAAAAGAGUAUUCCUGCUCAUCUGCCAUCGAUAUCUGGUCAUUGGGGGUCACUAUAUACUGCUUGUUGUUUGGAAAGUUGCCUUUCAACGCCAAUUCAGGAUUAGAACUUUUCGACAGUAUUAUCAAUAAACCCUUAGAAUUUCCAUCUUAUGAGGAAAUGUUGAAUGGUGCCACUUCGGGAAUCACAAUGGAAGAAUACACUGAUGCCAAAGAUUUAUUGAAGAAGCUGUUACAAAAAGAUCCUGACAAACGGAUAAAACUAGCAGACAUCAAGGUACAUCCGUUUAUGUGCCAUUAUGGUAAAAGCGAUGCAGCAUCCGUAUUGACCAAUUUGGAGACGUUUCAUGAGUUGAAAGUUUCACCGCCCUCUUCAUGCAAAAGGGUAGAAUUGGUCAGCCUACCAGUGAAUUCAUCAUUCGCCUCUUUAGAUAGCGUUUAUAUGGAAAAUUUUGACCACAAUAACCUUAGGACUGGUGCUGACAGAAAUUCAACAUAUUCUCCAUCAAUAUACGACGCAAAUACCUUAUCACCCUCAGCAUAUCACAACAUCGGUUCUAGAGAGUCAUCCUAUUCGUCCUUUUCCUCUUUCACAUCAUCCACCGCUUUUGCAUCUCAGAUCAGUAUUCAGGAUGCCCCAGCAAUCGGUGAUCAACAAUGCUUGAUAGGUGAGAGUGGAAGUUCAUUAAGAGUGAAUUCUUGUGAGUUUCCACAAUAUACAACUAUGUCUCCUGUAGGAGAAUAUCCCUUUGAGAGUACGGAAGCAAGUUUGAGCUCUACUCUUACGCCUGUCGGUAAUGUACCUCAACGUAUAAAAGCCCACCUGGUAGAAGGGAAAUCUAACAGCAAGGAUGACCUUAGAAUAGAAGCAGACGCAUCACUUGUAUUUGAGGCUAGCGACGCCCAGCGCACGAGAAGAAGAAUGUCUCUUUAUAAGCUUUAG